AUGGCCCGCUCUUCUAGUAUCGACUUAGACUCGCCAGAUCGGCCGUUUGACAACAUCAUCAACUUCCGUGAUGUUGGCCGGACCAUCAACCAGUUCUGUGGUGCACAGAUUUUGAAAGAGGGCGUACUCUUUCGCAGUGCCAGGCCAGAUGAUGCGUCAGAACGAGAUACGCGCCGCAUGGCAGAGGAGUUUCACAUUGCUACCGUGAUUGAUUUACGAUCAACAACGGAGCAUCAAAUGGCAACUCGAAAACGUCGUGCAGAGAAUGCGAAUUCAGGAGAAAAUGCCGAGAUUGAUUUUACUCGAACCCCAGUUCCAGUCAAUGCAGAUGAGCAUUUACUGCAGAUUCCAGAGUCGCAACGGUGCUUGAUCAGUUUGACUGGCAAGGGACUUGAGCGUACAUUAUUAUGGAAGCUAGACUGGAUGAAUUAUAUAAAAGUACUCACCAUGGCAGCGGCGGGCUACCGCAAUGAUGCGGUCCGUGUGGUGGGAGAGCAAGUCAUGCAACCACGAGGAUUAACAGGACUCGCGCAAGACACGCUCGAUGCCAGUAAAGCGGAGAUACGAUCAAUCUUUGAACUUCUUGGUCAAGACCAGGCGUAUCCGGUCCUGGUGCACUGCACACAGGGCAAGGAUCGUACGGGUCUGAUCAUCUUAAUGAUGAUGUUGUUGGCAGGCGAGACUGUGUCUCCUGCUGCGAUUAUUGAUGACUAUACGCGGUCUGAGCUGGAACUCGUGCCGGAAUUUGAAGAGCGCAUGCGUGAAAUUCGUGCGCUGGGUCUUGGUGAGGAAUAUACUCGUUGUCCACCGGACUUUGUGGAGGCGACGACCGAGUAUUUACAAAAAUUUGGUGGCGUCCAGGGUUAUUUGAAUGGAAUUGGGAUUAAUGCACAGAUGCAAGAACACAUACGACAGAUGAUACUCGUUUAA